GAUUCUCCACCCAGCUUUUUAGAAGGCUGGAAACACCUCACCAAGCUAGGACAUACGCCUGGUUGGAAACACCUAUGUAAGCGAAAGCAUUGCGCGAUUUCGCCUUUUAAACAGUAACGGUGUCCAGGUGUGAUUAAAGAAUUUCGAGGAAUAGAACAGCCAAACAGUUGGUUUCACCUCAGGCAAAUAUGGCAAAACGACUGACUAGCCUGGACCUGAUCAACAAAUGCGAUGCGUUUCCCGAUCCGGUAAAAGACCCCAAAGGUUACGCUGCUCGACUCCAGAGCCUGUACACCCUGGUCUGGGAGGAUGCGGCUGGCGCCGUGCCAAUUGGCUACAUGCCACGGUCCGUCUUCGAAACCCUGCUCAAGACCCCCGUGAGCGUCAAGGGGGAGCUCGACUUCAACGCGGCAAAGGGCACCGUGACGCUCUUCCACCAGCCUGAGACCGAGCCCGAGCGCACAAAGCUCGUCGCCAACCUGACCGACUACUGGCGGCAGAAAGGCACAUUUCGCAUCCUCAAGGGCUGGCGCGACGAGCUCUGGCCCGUCUAUGACAGGCGGGGCAAUGUCCUGUUCAGCAUGGAGCGGUCGGCCAUGGGGCUCUUCGGCACGAUGCGCUACGGGGUCCACCUGACGGCAUUUGUGCGCCAGAAGGGCGACGAUAGCGAGCACGACAUGCGCAUCUGGGUCCCCAAGCGGUCCACCAUGAAGACAACGUACCCCGGCAUGCUGGACAACACCGUGGCCGGCGGCUUGAUGACCGACGAGGACCCGUUUGAGUGCAUGAUCCGCGAGGCCGACGAGGAGGCGUCCCUCCCGGAGGACGUCGUGCGCAAUCACGCCAAACACGUCGGGACCGUGACGUACAUCUACAUAACCGACGAGCGCUCGGGCGGCGAGGACGGCCUCAUCUACCCGGAGUGCCAGUGGGUGUACGAUCUGGAGCUGCCGGCGGACCAGAGCGUCACGCCAGAACCCAAGGACGGCGAGGUCGAAUCCUUCAGCCUGUGCACGGUCGAGGAGAUCCAAGAGCAGCUGGCCCAGGGCAGGUGGAAGCCCAACUGCGCCCUGGUCAUGCUUGACUUCUUCGUCAGGCACGGCAUUCUGACCCGGGAGAACGAUCCGAACUAUGACGAGAUUCGAAGGAGGGUGCAUCGCGAGAUGCCGUUUCCCGGCCCACAUCAAGCACUUCGUUGACUGGUAGUGUUUUACAUAUCUUGUGUGUUUUAGGGGGUAUCAUCGGUUCCAUUUCCCUCUUCAUUUCCUAGCCUAGACCCCUGAACGCCUGUUAAACCCCCUUUUCCCUUCUCUUGGGUUGGUACGGGUUGUCGUCAUCUCGUGUUUUUGUUCUCUAGAUCCUAGACCCUCUUUCGCAGCAGCAGCAGCAGCAGCAGCAGC